AUGUCAGACAACCCGUUGUAUGAAGCAGCCCUGAAUGACUGGCACGACAAGUGGAACUACUCGGAGUAUGUCAUGAAGCAUAUAGACGACGGUAUCCUUGCUCUCCAGAACCAACUAGUCACUCCCCAAGCGUUGAAUGAGAUUCGACGCAGGCAAGCAGAACCCUGGCUGCUGAAUGUUGGCUACUUGGACUACGUCACUGAUGAUCGGUGCGAUAACUACAUCCGUCUAUAUAAUAUGUUGGCCAGUCCAUCAAGUCAUCAAGGAGAAUUCUGGUUGACCAUUUACGACCAUGGAAGUUGCCGGUCUUUGGGCUUCCAGUCCGGGAAAUUCCCGUCGUUCGGCUUCGGAUUGAAUAUACUCUCACCGCUGACACAGAGCUUUCAGUUGGAUAACGAGCGUGCAAGACUACCAUUUAUUACGCCGCUCAGAGACUCUGCAGACCCUCAGAUACGCAUAUGGGACAGUUUUCAAAGAGAUGGACGGGAAAAGAAUGCGAGAGAGUACAGAUCCAGCCUCGAGAACGCCGUCAACGACGACGAGCGCAUGGCUCAUAUUUAUCACAGCCUUCAUCUUCAUCCGAAAAUUGGUCCCUACUUGCCGCCAGACUGGCUCCAUGUCGCCGAUCAUCAUGUUGCCACGUUCAGUCCGACUGGUCUAAUGACUGCGCCCAUCAGCUUCAUUCUCGACUUUGCCUAUGCAGUGGAAGAUGACUUUCAUGUGGGCUUGGGUCACGACUCGGGUUGCAGAAGACAAUUACCCUGGGCACUAGAGAGGACUGGCUUUGACGCGAAUAACGCCCCGGUUUGGAGGUUUGACUUUCAAAGAUAUGGCAUGCUUGACUCAAUGAGUCUGGGAGAUCCGCGGCCCACUCGACACACUCUAAGAGACUUGAAUCACUUAAUUAUCCGACAAAGCGCGUCCGAAAUCAUUCUUUUAUGCGGUGCUCGUGCCUGCUCUGUGGCCACAGACGGAGCUAGUCGCGAUAUUCGGCAAUCACACAGGUAUCUAACACUUCGGUGUGGAUAUCAGCUUGAGUUUUUCGUUAGCCAAGAUGACGGUCAUAUACCAAGCCGACUUUACAUAUUCUGCCCAGAAAUACCAGCGAAUAUUCACUCGAUUAGCAUGAUUUGUAUCGAAUACAAGGUAGGGAAGGGCACACAUUGGAACCUUGAAGUUUGCUUUGUGCAAAUUCCCGUACCCGCUCACCUAGACAUUGUCCCUGGACACUUGUCCAUCAAAGUUGAAAUCGCCGAGGAGGGGCAAACACACGACGGCGUAUUUGCCACACAUGCACGGGCAGAUGAUAUUGCACGACGGAUUGCGUUUCGAAUCAGAGGCAAAAACUCGCACGAUUCCACGGUCGAAUUCUACACCUGUCGUGGUGGUUAUGCCACCGUAGCAAAGACAAACACCUUGGCCGACAAGGUCAUCUACGGGCAUGAGGCCGUAGUGAUAUCAAAGAAGCGCCGACGGUUCCUAUUUUCUGACCCGCCAAGCAAGCACUGGGGCCCCGCGCUUUCAAAUAUUUGUCGGAGGUGGUUACAAGACUGCGGAAGAAGAAGGAAAACAGCUGGAAAUGCAGGAACUGACUGGGUUCCGGCCGCAUUCUAG